AUGUCCGAAUCCCAACCCCCUACAGUAGUUGAAGGUGCAACCACAGGCGAUGUUGAUGAUGAAAUUCCUCAAGCAGCAAAGUCGGCAGAAGAUCGCAAAGCAGCUGCUGCUCUCUCCUCUCUCGAUGCUCCUCGCGAGGAUGAUUCUGCGGCCUCAAGAGAGGUAGAUCACGAAGCUGUUCGGAAGGCUAUGGAUAGAUUGGCAGGCAAAGGUACCACAAACGGAGCAGUUGCAAGGAAGGGAGAUGAGAAAAAGGUGGUGAAGAAGACAGUGAAGGUUGAAGCAGCUGAUGUUAAUUUAUUGGUUGAGGAACUCGAAUUGACAAAGAUCAAGGCCACGGAUUUAUUGAAGGCUCAUGACGGAGAUGCUAUGAAGGCAUUGAAAGCAUAUAUUACCCCUGUGGCAUGA